AUGUCACUAGAAACCACUCCAGUUCCCAUGGAAGUUGAGAAACCUAGCUUCCAUACUGUUGAAAUACAAGACGCAACUGCUGAAGCAGUUGAUAUACCGCCAAAAUCCAUGGAAAAGUCAGGUUUCCUAACUGACAUUGGUUUGUGGCCCAACUCAUCUACUCUUGAGAUGCGGGAGUAUUGGUCCAAAAAUGGAAAUUUGUCAGUAAGGAAACCUCUGGAAAAACUGCGCAAUGAAGGAUUUCCAAAAUCAUUUAAAGAUGGACGUUGCUGUACAGCAGAUAUGUUUCUUCGUAACUGUCCCAAUGGGGACAAAGUUGAAAGGAAGUGGCUUUGUUACUCAAAUAACAGAGGCCGAAUAUACUGUUUUGACUGCAAAUUAUUUAGUUCAUCAACAAAUGCAUUUUCCAGUGAUGGCUUCAGCGACUGGAAACAUGCCAGUGAACGGAUUUCAUCCCAUGAACAGUCUCAACAUCAUAUACGCGCUGUGAUUGAUACAGCCAAAUUUUCAAAACUGGAAGGUCGGAUUGACUAUAAAAUGCAACAGCAAAUUGAAGAGCUGACCACCUAUGGGCAAAACCUAGUAAAACGUUUGCUUAGUGUCAUCGUUUUUCUUGCUGAGAGAGGAUUGGCUUUUAGAGGUGAUGAUCAGACUAUUGGAUCCCCACAUAAUGGCAACUAUCUCGGUAUUUUGGAAUUACUGUCAGAGUAUGAUGCUUUCCUAGCACAACACAUCCAAACAAAGGCAAACAAAGGCAAAGGAUGUACAAGUUAUUUAUCAGCAAAUGUCUGUGAGGAACUCAUACAAAUUACUGGGGAUAAGAUCUUAGAAGUUGUCAUCAACCGUAUUAAGAUGGCAAAAUACUACUCUGUUUCUGUGGAUUCAGCGGAGGAUUCUUCUCAUACUGACCAACUCACCGUGAUUAUUCGAUACUUAGAAGAAAAUCGACCUGUGGAGCGUUUUGUUACUUUUUUACCCUCAACAGGGCAUAAAGGAGAAGAAAUGGCAGAUGCGCUCCUAGCAUUUCUUAAUAGCGUUGGACUUACCAUACAAGAAUGCCGGGGACAAAGUUACGACAAUGCAAGCAACAUGUCUGGCCACUACAAGGGCAUGCAAGCAAGAAUUCUUAACAUGAAUAAAUAUGCUAAGUACAUACCUUGUUUUGGACACUCAUUAAAUCUUGUCGGAAAGGAUGCUGCAAAUUCGUGUAGUGAGGCUGUAAGAUUUUUUAAUUUUGUACAAGCUCUUUAUACAUUCUUUAGUGGUUCAACUCGGCGCUACAAGAAGCUUAAAGACCAGCUUGAUGAGAAAGGCCUCUCUGUGUCCAUGCCAAAAAAGCUAAGUGACACACGCUGGUCAUGUCGUGCAGAUGCUUGUCAAGCAUUAGUCUAUGGCUAUGACAAUAUAAUGGACAUUUUGUUUGAAUUUGCAACGGACAUUGAAGAAAAAUCCGAGUGCCGUAAUACUGCAAAGGGACUAUUUUAUCAGAUAAGCAGACUUGAGACAGGGAUUUUUGCAGAAUUCUGGAACACUGUUUUGCAGCGUUUCAACAGCAGCAGCAAAACUCUGCAGUCUGUUCAGCUGAACCUAAAUGCUGCUGUUGGUGUUUUGAAAUCGUUAAAAGAUUUUAUUAAUGAACAGCGUACUAAAUUUGAUGCAUUUGAAGAAGCUGGCAAGCGUCUAACAGAUACUGAGGAGUAUAUUGUGGAACACCGCCGUCUUCAACGUCGGAAUGUCCGUCAGCAGCCACUUGACUAUGGACACAGUGAAGAAGCUCAAUUAACGCCAAAGGAGGCCUUUUAUGCUAAGGCCUUUCUCCCAUGUGUUGACAAACUUAAUGUGUCUGGAACAUCGCCUAGGAGCCUACAGUGA